GGGGGUGAGAAGUUUCUGGUUCGACGACGACAGCCUCGUCUCCUGCACAAAUUAGGCACGCGGCAACUGCGAGUCUCGUUCGCGUUCGUUGAAAACGAGACGAUUGGGUCGUGACAAUUGGGACGAUCGGCGCCAACGGCGUAAUUAACGAGGCUGCCGUAUAAUGAUUUCCCAAUAACAACACACACAGUCGCGUCAACGUGUCUGCCGCAGCGAUUUCGUGUAACGAGCACGGUACGUUUCGUUUCCGGCCGAAGGAAUUCCAAGCCUCUUUUGACACGAGGCACGCGCGCCUACAACGGAAGAAAGAUGCCUCUCUGCUUUUCGCGGGAGAGAGAGAGAGAGAGAGAAAGAGAGAGAGAGAUGACAAGAUAAAAAUUGGAUAACGUUCUGUGAUUCUAAACAUUAUCGGAAAUAUUAAAGAAGCUGUCCAUUGGUUAGUCGUUGUUGCGAUUUUAAGAGGGAGUAUAAUAUAUUCUCUAAUAUCGAAAUUUCGUGUUUUUUCAAAGGAGAACGUAAGUAGAGAUUCGCGAGAAGUAUUAGUGACACAGGCUAGGGCAGAUAUCGUUGCCAACGCGACUGUAGGAUGAAAAUGUGUCGAUUUACGUUAUUUUUCUCUUUUCAUUUCGGUUCCUUUCGGGAGACGGCGGGACGCUCGAGCGAAGGAUCGAAUCCGCGAGAAACGAAUCGAGCUCGUUGACAAAAUUCGAAACUUCGUGGUGUAUGUUAGAAAAUUCGUUCCCUUUGAAAAGUACCGUUUGGACGCAAAGUAGCCUUCGCUGGCAGAUUUCCGGUCGUCUCCCUUCACGUCGCGGGCGAUACGCUAGAAAACGAUCCGGCAAGAGACGGAUUGGUCGAAAACGGGGAGGAAAAAAAAAAAAAAGAAAUCUUUAAGAAUUCAAAGAAGAUAUAUUAUAUUAAAGUAUCUGUGAUGUAAAAAGUAACAAAAUUUUGAUGUAUAUUUUUCACAAAUUAUUGUAACCAGCUAGUGUAUAUGUGUAAGAUUACGGAUAUAAUGAGAAAGAAAAAAACAAAUACUAUUGUAAUUACGGUGUGCGGAGACAAAAUGACGAGUAAGAAAGGGAGAGCAGAUCGAAAGCCAACAAACAAAUGAAAAAUAUGAACAAAGAAACAAACAAACAAAAGUAAUGAAUGAAAGGAAGAAAGAAAGCAAAAAAAAAAAAAUAAAAAAUAAAAAAGGAAACAAAUAUGGGAGAAGCGAGAUCGCGAGAUAUUACGUUUAUCCACACCGGUGGUCAGAUGGGACCAAGAUGGCGGGCAUCGCUCGGAAAGUCGGGUCCAAAGAUUCCCGUUUUUCUUCAUUUUUAUUUUCUACUUCUUUCGUCGCUUUAUCUCGAGAGAAAAGGUAAAAAUUAAUCUCGACUAUUUACCGAAAUUGAACGUUCGAUCGCUCGUCUCUCCGUUCGUUGAACACGGGCUGAGAUAAAAAUAAAAACUGGAAGAUUUGGUCCGAUUGGCCCUGAAACGGCUCAAUGUCAGCUACCUCACAGAGCAUCGUCACGUUUUGGUACGGUUUGCGUAGGGGGAUGUUCGCGCGUUUCCGUCGCGACAGGAAACUAGACCCGCGCAUCCUUGAUGGCUCGAAUUCUCGUUCAAAAGUCCUACUAUUUUCUGAAAGAUUUCGGCCUUUCCUUUCAGCGUUAACGCGAAUUCAAGAUGAAGAAAGAAAAAUCCAUUGAUCGACGUCCAGUUUCCUCGAGCAGGGUGCGCGCGAAUUUUGGUUGGGGUGGGGUUGUGUAGAAAUGGUCUAAACAGUUCCAAAUUGUGCCUAAGUUUCGACGUUACGUUUUUACGACUCGCAACAGAACGAACGACGAAUGUUAAUACCCGUAGCAGCAAACUGGAGCUUUAGUUCGAAUGUUGGGGGGGUUGGUUUCGGUACGCGUGGAAAGGCAGUGAGCGGGGGAACAAGGGGUGGCAGAAAACGAGAUGGGCGACUUUAAAAGAAGAAAAAAAAAAACUAAAUUUUAAAAGUAUAUUACCUCCGUACACGUUCCAGGGCCGUCCAACCGCCAUCUUGCGUUCACUUUUACGUUCCGUUUUGUCGAAUAAGUGCAAUUAGGUACACCUACAUUACACGCAAACAACACAACACACACACACACCCUCGUUGACACGAAGUAACACGUUCCUCGACAUCGACUAACACGCAAUUCCAUACAUUUACACGCGUUAAACAAGCGUCAAAGGAAAGCGAAGAAAACGAACUGUUACGCGCUAGGUUACCGUUUUUUAAAUUCUAUUUUCAAUUCACGCAUUCUCGAAUGUUGGGAUUUUCGUGAUCAACGAAGAGCUGGCCUGUCGUUCACGUAUAGAGUACACGUACAGACACGCGUUAAACACGUACACGUACAAGAGAACACAGGGGACACGUACAUUUUUACACAACCACACUCAUACACAGACACACACAAACAUAAAGCCGACGUCGAUUCGACGACAAGAUACGAUACGCUGUGCCAUUUUGAUCGUUCUCGAAUUAGAGAUUUAUGAUUAGAGAUUAGUAAUUGCUGAAAAUUCCAAAUUUCAUUGAGACAGACUUAAGCAAAAGAAUCGUGUUAGAUCGACGAUCAAAAAGAUUGAAAGUCAGCAGAGAAACGGUCAGAGAUGGUCGGUGUAAAACUUACGGUACCUUUUCUAAUUGGCUUUAACGAGUUUGUAGGCUCUAGUCAUGCAAUGACUCUGAAAGCACGGAAAGUUGUCGGGUACAUUUCCCGUGGAUUCGUAUACGCGUACUUGCCGAUUUGUGUUCAAAAUACGAGUCGAUUCGACGUGCGGCACGACACCGGUAACGUUACGAAUACUUCUGACGCGUAAGCGCGCGCGAGUUGGGUGCACCCGUGGGUGCACGCGACUGGCGCGCCUGGGAAGGAAGAUAAAUAGAUAGGUAGAUAGAGAUAUUACGACGAAAAAGAAAAAAAAGAAGAAAAUAGAAAAAUGUGAAAAAAGAAAAAGGAAAAGAAACAAUCGGAAGAUUCGAGCAGCGAGAAUGGCAAAAGACGGUGAAAGCCGGUGCUCGACCACGCCUCCGACAUCAGCCCGAAUCGCGGACCCUCCUCGUAUUGCGACUGACAGCGAUUUUUCUUUGCAGAGCUCUCUCGCGACAGCUGGGAACGAACGCGAAAUCAUCCGUUCUCGCUGCCAGCCUUUCAACAGCUCUUCUCUUUUCAUUCGCGAGCGUGUAGUAGCGCGACGGUUUGUCUCGCGCGACAGUUCACGCGAGAUUUCGUUCGAAACGACUAGCUUCAUUGAACUUUUAUAAAAUGUUUUCUACGAAUUUCGCCGGCAUCGACCGAUCGACCGACUGAACUAUUCGUCGAUUCGCCGAUGCGCGAACAAAGGAAAUAAAGAAAAACACUAUUGAUCGUUUGUCUUGUCUGGAGUAAUUUCGUGUCGCGUGAUUCGGCGUGAAGCGAGGCAACGGGUGAGAACGAAGUUCGUCGUGCAAAGGUCUAUAUAUACAUAGAUAAAUAUAUAUUGUUAUAUUCGUCCAUCCAAAAGAAAGAAAGAAAGAAAGAAAGAUAGAUGAAAAAAAAAAAAAAAGAAAGAAAGAAGAAAAAGGUGAUGUAUUCUUUAAAGUACAAUUACUUCUUGUUCCAUACACGAGUCGAAAUUACUUUCUCAUGUUCCUAUUCUCGAGGUUUAAGGGAGCGAAGUGAGUCGGUGUUGCGUCGCGGCAAAGAGCGAUGCGUCCUCGUCGGUCGCGGAUCUCAUUUCCGCGAGGGUGGUGGACCAGAUCGGAGGCGAUGAAGGUUCGGCACCGGCUAAGCCUACACUUUUUCGACUAGUAGCGUAAAUGGUUAGGUAAAUGGCGCUGCUACUACGUAUGCUACCACCAGAUAGUACUCUCGUAGUUUGGCGCUUUAGUUGUUUCUAAUAUCGUGUUGUUUCGUUCCUUUUUUUCGUUCGUCGAAUUAUACCGUCGUUGUGUAAGCCUGGCUUCGCCGCAUCAUCCAUCGAGAGCGGUCUAACUUUCAGAGAAAGAAACGAGCCGAACGAAUCGUUUCUCGACGAACGUUUUUAUAAAAAAAGAUUAUCGUCGAGAAACGAUCAGAGAAAUCGGCUCGUUAACGACGUUGACGACGGUGCCGUAGGUCUCGGUGCUUCAAUCAAACCUGUCUGUACCAAAAUCAUUCUGGAACACACGCACUGGAAGUUCAAAGUACGACCAACUAGUUACGGACCAAGUACGCUGAACUGUCGGUGAAAUCAAUCAAAACACACGCGUCCGAGAGGCGCGUUACGUAUACGAAAACGAAAAAAUUAUAAAAUGAAGGAAAGAAUCCUGUCGUUUGAGACGCUCACCGUCCCUUCAACGUCCCGCCGAAAUUCGGCGAGGCCAGGCGCAUGUUUCGAUACGCUACAAAACUUUUUAACGUUUAAAGUAACCGUUCGAAUGCUAAAGAGGUAGUUAAGGGGAAAAAAGAGAAACUACGAAUCCAAUCGAAUCUAAGGAUAAAAAGGAAAAAAAAAAGAAUAUCCUCAACGCUCCGAUCCCUCCUCCGCACCAAACAAUCCCAUAUAUUGGACAGAUCGUCGUCAUCCAUCCACUGGAACAAAUACUCCUCAUCCGGACAACCUAUGGCAAACGCUCUUUGACAAAUUCACCUGCCACAUUUUCGAUCACACACGCACACUCGGUGACACGCUAAACGAAAACACCAGCAAUAUUAAACAGUACACACAGUCUGCUUUCUAAUACUACUACUACUACUACUAGUACUACUACUACAUACAGCUACAACAGAUAUCGCAGCCUCCCGAUACCAGUCGUCUCCUUGCAGUUUGAAAGCGGGACGCGUUCGUGACGGACGCUGCACGGUUCGAAAACAUCUUACGACGAGAAGAUCAAAGAUAUUCAACGCGAGUGGAAAAACAAACGCGUGAAAUUCUUCUUCGUCUUCGAACCGCGCUGCGGCGUCGAUGAUACGUCCGAUCGCGAUCCCGCGCCCGAGUGCCGCGGGUUGCAUACUCGCCCGGGCACCGAGAACAAUACAACCCGGCAACAACACACAAAAACAGCAGCAGCAGCUACAAUAGACAUCUCUCUCUGUCUGAGCCAGGCCACGUCGCGAUCGCGAGACGUUUUUCCACGCUCGCAACGAUCGCCGUGCCCUCGAGCUAUACAAAAUAUAUAUACAUUAUAUAUUACAGCUAAUAAAUCUCUACAUUUCACAUAAUCCAGCAGUGAUUCAAGCAAAACGCAGAUGCCACGAAGAGCAAUGCAAAUACAAGGAUCGCCCGGUUUUCCGUUCUCUGGGAACGCGUUUCGCCCGUACGAUUCAUUCCGAUCGGGUUCGAUCGCAAAACGAUCGAGAGAAUCGACGGGCGAAACGAUCGAGAUUCAGAGCCGGGCGUAUGUCCCCUCAAAUCAAAACCCGCAGUCAGCACAGAAAAAAAAAAAGUAAUAUAACAUAAACGAUAAGUGCAGAGGAAACAAACUACUCUAAUUAAACAAAAAAAAGGUAUAUAUAUAUUAUAUAUAUAUUAUUAUUAUUAUUAAUUAAUUAUUAAACAUACAUAAAAGAAUAUUAUAAAUAACACAAAGAAGUACUAUAUUACUACUAUUAUUAAUUAUUAUGAUUCUUAUUAUAAAUUUAAUGAAACAAUGAUAACAUUCCAACCGUCAAUGUGCCACACGACUUUUUAUAUGCUCUUAAAAAAAAAAAGAAACUGUAAAGGGAACGAGAGAUUUUUCGAUAAUCGUCGUCGGUGGUCGCCGUUGAAGGAGCGCGGAUAAAAGCAAGCGUUCGACGAACAAUCGUGGACCGCGAGGCUGUGAAAAGACGCGGGUGAAACGUCUCGGGGGGUGAAACUGUACAGAGUGAUUCGCGAAAAGAGAAAAUAAGGGGAAAGAGUAUAAUAAUAACGAGAUGAGCGGAGGUUCGCCGCGAUUUCCCGAUGCUGAAUUUAGCCUAGUGCUCUCUAAGAAAAACACGAAUUUCGCGGUACGACGUUGCGUUGCCUUUUUCGCGUCGAUUCCAUUUUCAAAGUGAGAGAAUUGAGGAAGAGAAGAAAGAAAGCAAAAGAAUAUAGCAGUAGGAUAUUUUUGCGUUGCCGGUCGAGAACGAUCGAUCGUGACCAGGGCAUACUUAAUUGUUCCGGCGAGCUUUUGUAAUUACGACGAUUAUUGUCGCGUAACGAAGAAGCGCUCCUUUGCGCUCAGCUGCAUGCGCUAACGACAAGACUCAUUGAUUUAGUUGCGCGUAUUAUUUGCUGUUAUUAUUAUUGCUAUUCAGAUUAUUAUGGUUAAUAUUUUUAUUAUUAUUAUUAUUGAUAGCUAUAUUAUUAGAGUUAGUAUUAUUAUUAUUAUCAUCGCUAUUUGUAAGUGUCAUUAUUAUUAUUAUUAGCGCUACCAUUGUUAGAGGAGAUAAUAUUUGCGAAUUUGACGGGCAUGCGUUCGAGUAAAACACACAGGCACACGCGCAUGCAAGCAUACAUUAUCAGUGUGUCAUUAUUGUUACAAAUAUUAUCCUUAUUAUUAUUAUUAUUAUUAUUAUUAUUAUUAUUAUUAUUAUUAUUAUUAUUAUUAUUAUUAUUAUUAAUAUUAUUAUUAUUGGUAUCGUUUAGUUUAGAAUUUUGUUUACCUCGAGAGUGUUUGAAGGAUUCGCGUCCCUUGUGAAUACGUUGUAUGUAUAUUGCUGCGUGUGUGCCUCUGCGUAAUCGUGCAUUUGUUAAUAGGUUAAUCGAUAUAUAGUACUUAUCAUUAUCAUUAUCCGUGUCAUUUUCGUUGUCAUUAUCGUCGCGGUUCGUUAACAUCGAUAUCGUUAUCAUCAUCGGCGUUACGAUUUCUCACCAUCGUCAUUAUUAAUAUUAUUAUUAUUAUUAUUAUCAUUAUUAUUAUUAUUAUUAUUAUUACCAUCGUUAUGUAAUUAUCAAAGUUAUCGAUUACUUUCGAAUAAAAACGCGCGAACGAUGAUUAAUUUCUUAAACACGUAUGUUCUUUUUUUUUGUAACUAUAUAGGUACUACUUUUUUGUAAAACAUUUUAUGUUUGAUAACGCGAGACUUAUCAGUCUCUGACCAAUCCAAGUGCAAUUCGUAACCAUUCGUCUCUUGUAACUUUUCUUUUUUUUUUUUUUUUUUUUUAUUGUUGAUUACUCGCGUUUCUUGUCGCGCCUUCGAGGCACCAGCACCUCCCAUUCGUCGUUAGUUUCUUCUACGAGCGUGAGUAUCUUUCUUCGAGCGCUUUCUAGUUUCUCCUUCUUUUCGUUCAAAGUACUUACGUAUCUCGAGAACAGAGAAAAAGGCUCGAAUAAUUCGCGUAGAUAGGCGAAGAGAGAAAGAGGAAAAUGUUUAACGAAACGAGUAUCGAUACCAAAGUACCGAUCAUUCGAAACUCUUCGAGUUAUUCCAUAGACGUUGGUCGCUCAAACCUUUUCUUAAGAGUUUUUUUUCCGAAGACAGUAUAAAACGGAAUUCAAUUUUACUCGAACCAAUCCAAAUUGAGGGAACAAACAAACAAAUCGAUCGUUCGUUCUUACCGGUCAUUCCACGAUCAUUCCGUCUUAUUUCAUUUUUUUUUAAUACGUAACUCGUAAUCCGUAUUUUCCCUGAUUUUCUCUGCGCGAAGGCAAGAAUCAUGAACGAAUCGCAUCGAAAGGCAAACGUUCAGUUGACAUUCCGCCAGGAUGUUCGUCGAUCGUUUUCUUUUUUAAUUAUUCGCGCUGUUUCGAGACGGCGAGGCCGCGCGAGACGAUCGUUAAUCGACCGUAAGUCUAAUCUGGGCAUAAAUCGGGCAAACAUCGACGCGGUGUUUGCCGAUCUUCGGAUAGAAAUCAAACCUUGUAUAUACCGCGUAGGACACGUAUCACAUCACUUUCUGUAAACCGAAACACGCGUUACACAUCGAGGCCGCUACGAUGCUGCGAUUACGACACGAUUGCUAAAUCCUCCAACCAGUAACACUGUUUCCUCCAUCAUCGAGUUUUCAACGGUACACCUUUCAGCCCUUACACCCUGUACAAGUCCGUGAGAAUCGCGACGAGCUCUCUUGACGUUCGUCGAUCGAAACACAGUCUAGCUGGCUGAUGAAUUUCCUGCAUUUUCUUUCGAACGAUAGAGAAAACCGAGCGCACACCGACGAGCGAAAAUCCCGAAUUCAACGAAAAGUCGCGCGCGUUGAACGCGUUUCAACGACUGUCGAGGGAUUCCGCUGCUUUUCGCGCGUCUUCUCACCUUCUGCUUUUCCCAUACAAAUUAGACCUUUUCACGGGUGGAAUCUUUUACUCGCUUUUAUUCGCCACUUAAGCGGCAAAGAAACAAACGAAUCUCUAUGAAAUGCGGUUCAAUUCGAGUAUACAAUAUAGAAAACAAAAAAUCUUCUACCAUUGGGUGCUACGAUUUGACACGAAGGGUACAGUUGGGAAAGUUGUCGCGGAACCACUCUUGGAAGGGUCUAGCGAAAACGCUCGUCUGAUCGCAACAGAGUCAGUGUUGUAAAGCAAACACGAAACGGAACGGAACGAAAGGUUCGAAAACCGUGAAGGUAGAGGCGCGUUUCGAGCGACGCGUCGUUUGAAUCCCGCCGGAAGCUUAUCUCUUAGGUAGUUCACGUUUGUAGAGACACCAAGUUUCCACGAUACGUAUGUCACGGUGUAUUUCCGACGCGCAGAUCGAUCGAUUCACGGUCGAGCGUCGACACCCAUCGCCUCCUACCUAAACUCGUACACCCAGCUUAAGUUUCGUUCUCUCUCUCCUUGAUCACCUGCCUCCCAGUCACUCGUAAUCGCUCGUCAAGUACAAUGGAAGCAUGCGUAACCCACGUAACAUUUUUGCACGCGUUAAUGGUAACAACCUUCGUACCUUGAUGACGCUCGGCAUCGCGUAUCCGACCGUCUCGACUCUACGUUUCCACCCUUGUGUCCCUGCCCUUGUCCGCUGUCUCCCUACCUCUCCUUCUUUCAGCCCUGUUUCGUUCAGCGGCAUAUCUUCGUAGAAUUAAGUGACCAUCGUACGAGGCGAGAUCCCUGCCAGAGGUCCGAUUAUCUUUUCUCGCGAACGAUGAACCGUAAUUUGCAAACCGAUGCAUUCCCCUCUAACAAAAUGGAUAUGAUUAUAAAGUAUACGUCGAAAUUCGGACCCCACGGUUGGCCCUCGCCUCUCUUAGAGCAUAUAACAAUUUUCUCGAUACAACACACAUCGUACACACGCAUACAGACAUAUUAUCUACACGAACAGAUGCAUAUAUACACCCGUAUACACAGUAUACUCGUACGCGAUUGCUAACGACACACGAGAAACACGUACACACGCGUACACAUAGACGCGCGCGCGCAUAUACGUUUCGUAACGAAGUAUACAGUCUUAGCGCAGUGUUUCAUAUAGUUAGGUAGGAAACGUCAAGAGAAUAUUUUUUAUAUUCCACAUGGAUUUUACAGUUAUAUAUUAUCGUUUCGUAUCGAAAGGGAGGAAGUUUAAGGCGCGUCCAAAGCGUUACAUAGAUAUAUAUUAUAAAUAAACGAGACCUCUCGAUAUACGUGUCGCCAUUUAUUGUUUACACCGCGAUGAUUAUAUAUCGAUUAUCGGUCAUUCUUAUGGCGGUAGGCGCUGUCGUUUAUAUAUAUAAAUAUAUAUAUAUAUAUAAAGAAGGUAUAUCUAUAUAUAUAUAUACACACACCCAUAUAUAGAUAAAUACGUGUAAGCGACGGUGUGGCGCGCGAGCGAGCGCGGUUGCCGCAGGUGCACGGCGCUUGGCGCCUGGCGCCUAUAGCGCGUACUCGCGCGCGCGCGUGCGCUCACCGCGUACCGAUCGCUUGCUAUCUCGUUGACGAUUAUUAACUAUCGCGAGCUGCUCGAAAUACGAGAUGCGUCGAGCAAAAGAGUCGCGUUCGAUCGAAAACUCGGGGGGACCCUUUGAGUUCGUCCACGGUUGCCCUACGUCCGAGUGCGAGCAACAUUGCCGGCCGUAUUUUCCACAGCCAGGCAGCCAUUCCUUAUUCUAUUUCGCCGGUCAGAAGCUCGCACUUCCCUUCUUUCGUUUCGAAGGUUUAUUCCUUUUUAAACCCGUUUCGCGGAAACGAGGCGGGAGAGCUCGUUGGAGGAACACAAGCGGGAUCGAUCACGAGACGGAACACCUUAAACACCUGUACCUUUUACAAAACACUUUUAUACACACACACACACACACACACACACAGAAACACGAUACGAAAAAUUUGCGCGUAUACUUUACUUAGACUCGGUGGGAAAGAUUACGCGAACGUGUACACAAUCGUAUACCGAUAGACCAACCUUUCGUCGAUGGGAAUUACGUUUGACCAAUGUAUCGCGUGCGAAGGUAUAUCGAUACCUUUCGAUCAGGUAAUCAACGAUCGAACAAAACGAAAGGUACCCGCGCGUACUAAUCGUGUACAUGUACGCCACCAAGCGAAUUGUAUAGCUAUAUCGGCGGUUUAACGCGCGAUCUAGGAGUGUCGUUUUAAUCGUGUAAUUAGUAACGUUACUUUUGUUGAUCGCUUGAUUUGCGGAACUAGCGGGCAAGGAAGACCAGCGGUCGGACGAACGGUGAUUUCUUCGACCGGUUGUCAGACCUCGAUACCGUCGCCGUUUGUCGCUGCUCGAUCGGAAUUCGUCCGAUGAAUCGGAAACGCGUGACUAAGGAAGACCGCGCGCACCAGCCAGCCUAUCUAGUUGGUAAUCGUUAAUUACUUGGCCUUGAUACAGGGAAAUUGUCUUAGAAAUUGUUUGCGAAACUUUGAAGCAGGUUGGUGCGCUCGGUCGUGCCGAUAGUUUGAACGGGAAAGAUUAACACGGCAUAACUUGGGCAUUUAUUUCAAUCGCGUUCGAGAAAAGUGCGAUUGAACGAGAGAGUGACGAAUGACGAACAGAUCGCAAGUACGUGGUUCGCAGCUUUGAAACAUGUGAUACGUCGGCCGGCAAACAUUAAUUUCCGUUUUUUCGGCAUUCUACCGCGAAGAAAGCAGAAUACGAGAGUAGCAUGUAUAUCGGUACGCGAGGAACGGUAGAAGCCGGACGGAAAUCGAUUUGCAGGUUGGCGCAUUUUUUAAAGAUUCUUUGAGGUAGGACACUCUUUUGUUGAAGAUUGAUUGUUAUCAAAAUGGUUGUGAGGUUAUACUAUUUGAAAUGUGUUAACGAUGCGACGCGAACAUUCGACCGAUCGAUUGCAGAACGGUUUACAGAAACGGACGAAUGAAAAACGAUUCGGCUAAAAAAUCGCAAAGAUUCUUACUCCCGUUCCGUGAAACUGUAAGGCAAUCGUUUCGAAGAAUCGCCAACGAAGAGACUAGAGGGAAACCUCGCGUUCUCGUGUGCGGAAACCGUGCGUGAUUCUAUAAAUCGUGAACAUUCCACUCCGAGAAUCUAGCUUCUUUAACUAGCUAGUUGGCCGCGCGCGUUUCCGUUUUAAAUUUCAUUCGCGAGAACGCGCUUUUCCCUGCAGUGUUACUAGUCGUCUCCGAGGAAGCGUACAACUGGCAUUAAUCCCGCGUACAGUCUGGUUCGGAAUUUAUUCGAUUUAUUGAAAAUCAACGACGCCUUCUCGCAUCGAUCUCUCGAAAUAGAAACAAACAAAAAUCUUAGCUUCUCGAUCGAACAAUUUUCAAACAGCUUUAUAAAGUCACUUAAGCUUAACACCUUGCCUACCAGAAAUUUGUUCAAAAGGAAUUAAUACUGAAAUCUAGCCUUGAUUUAUUAUUAAAUUGCGUUUACUUGAUCGGCGAACGGUAGAUAACGUGUUAAGCGAGAUCGCGAAACGAGGGAAUCGUCGAAACGAGCGCAACCAGACUAACGGAAGAACAUGCGACUGAUAUGAAGCAGUAUUCGUGCGAGAAAUUGUAAAAUAAAAUUCGCGUAACCUAGCCUUAAUACGAAAGAUUGAAUUAGGUUUAAUUGGAUCGGCACCGGGGGUUGUUGGUCCCUUCGUCGAAAUUAUCUCGAUUGGCUGUAAAAAUGUUGUCGUGAAUGGGGAUGAACUGUGUAGGCGACGUUAAACUAACGCAUCUUCGAGACCGUCGGGGAAAGGAUCGAGGCUCGAAGACGUCGCCGAAAGUGUUCCUCAUCGCACGGUGAUGUAUCUAGUGAGAGUAAUGUUAUUAGGUAACUUAAGCGUAUUAUAAAACGAGCGUAAUGAAAUGCCAGUUGUAAGAAAAUUUCUUUUUCUUUUUCUUUUUUUCUUUUUUACGAACAAAUAAAAAAAAAAGAAGGACGCGAAAGAAGAGGAAAGAAAGAAACAAAUAGUCAGAGAAAAAAAAAAGUGUAUCAAAAGAUAUAUGUUCGAUGAACAGCAACGCGACCGUUGAUCGCCAGGAAACGAGCAAAGGCAGAGAAAAAGUAAGGAGAAGAACGAACGAAAUCAAAAGUAGAAAAUUCAGUUCGAAACGUAAGAACGAAAGGUAUGGAAAGGAAGUUUCCAAAAAACGGCAUAUCACCUUCGGUCGCGACGUUGCUGAUAUUAUUAUACAUACACGCUGUGACUUCUAUUUUUUUCGUUUUCCUUUCUUUUGCUUAUAUUCGACCGUCAUGAUGGGAACGAUCACGAGUCCCAUAGGAAGAUACGAAACAACAGAGAUACUAUCAGAUAACGUAGGAUAAUAAACGAUAAAGAUAAAAAGGGGAACGAUAGGGAAAGGAAAGAAAGAAAAAAAAACAAAAAACGAAAGAGCAGAAGGCGAAUUGAAAUGAGCAAACGGAACAUACAUUGUCAUGUGUAUACGCGAAAUAGAAAUUUUUCUUUUUUCUUCGAGAAACGACAGCUUUACCGAUAGUUGAACAAUAGUUAUUUGCAACACGUACAUACACACACGAAGAACACAUAUAACACGCGCGAGCAUAUACAUAUAAAGCGAUCCAUGCGACGAUAAACAAAAAUAAAACAAAAAAAAAAGGAACAAAGUUGUACGAAUAUAACGUUUGCAGUUAGGUGGGACCAAAAACGACUUUAUAUCUCUAUGUGCAUAUCCAAGCAACGUGUAAUUUAAUUAAUGAAUUAAUUAAUUAUCCAUUAUUAAUGAAUAGGUAAAGACAAAAAUGAUCCAUUGAUAGCGAUCGAGGACGAUGACGAAUCAUUAACCAAUAAGUAGAUUAUUGAAUUUGUUUAUUGAUGCAUUAUUCUACGAUAUAAUAUUAUUAUUAACUUUAUUGCCUUUAUUAUUAUUAUUUUAUUAUUAUUAUUUUAUUACAGUGAUUAAUGACGAUGAUAAUAUUAUUAUUAUUUAAACAACGUUCUAAGACAUGAUUAUCUAGAUAUCGAGUAGAGCAGUACGUAUCUUUAAUUAUUAAUUAUUUUUAAUUAUUAUUAUUAUUAUUAUGAGAUAUUUUGUUGUAUUAUUUUCAAUAAAAUCGAUUGAAAAUAUUUAAUUUCCUCGGUUUUAUUUUUAUUUGCGCUUCGUUGAAAGUUCAUGCUUGAUCGAAGUGAUUUCUUCUUUCUUUCGAUUAUAUCGAUCGUUUCCGGUGUUUCGAUUCUUUUCAUCGAACACGAUCAAUCGAAUUGAUAGAGAAAUUUUUUCAAAAGUGGGGAGAAGAAAAAUUUUGUUAACUACGUUAGAUGGAAAAGUAGAAAAGAGAAAGAAAGACUUGAAAUCACGGCUCUCCAUCAAAUCCCACCUUUUUCUCUUCUUCGAUGCUUCGAUCUAUGUUGAUUGUGCUUUGCUUACAUUAUCUUUUAUGUUUCAGUUUAAUUAAUUGGCUGCUGCGUCCGCAUACGAUUUUCUUCCCUGUGAUACCACCCUUUCGAGCACCCUUCUCUUGCGCUUCUUUCUCUUCUAUCUUUAAUACUCGUCUAUCCUCUCUAUAUAUCUCUCUCUCUCUCUCCUUUUUAAUUUCACGGUAUCCCCGGAUGAUUUUCGUGACUCGGAAAGAACUGGGGAAAGACGGGACGAACGAUCGAAUGAAACAGCAUACACGCACGCGUAUAUAACUCUUUUUUUUAGAUGAAAAUGGUAAUUAAAAACAAAGCAGAAAGAAAGCAAGAAGAAAAAUGGAACAGGAAAGAAACGCUAAAGACGAAGAGGUAGAAAGAGGAAACUAUAGCAAACGGUGUAUAAAUAUGAUUGCGAUCGAAAUCGUAAAAAAGAUAGUCUGUUUGUUAAGAUACGAAGAAGAGCAAGAAGAAGAAGAAGAUGAAGAAGAAGCAGGAAGAACGCGUGGAAGCAAACAUACAAACGAACGAACACUAGCAAACGCGAAACAAACAUGAAAAUAAACGACAGUAACAAAACCAACGUGGAAAAAUAAAACGAACAGAAAACAGAGAGAGAAACAUACCGAAAAAAGAAAAAGAAAAAAAAGAAGGAUAAUAGUUGUAAAAGCCACACACAUACGCGUACACACAUACACACACAAAUGUACUAAGUAAGUUCAUACUGCGUAUUGCCUUUCUGACUUCGGUGUGAAAAUAUAUAAAUAUACAACAAAAAAAUGUCAGUCGCGCCGGGACCCGGGGAUUUUCGAGCGACUGAUAUACAUAUUAUAGGUAAUUAAUGGUGUCUCCAAGGGUUGGAGAGGGUGCACGGUUCGUCGCGUUUCCCGUUUCCCUCACUGCUUCGUCGACAAACACGACCUGAAGGAACGAACGAAGGAAGACUCGCAAAACCCUCUUAUUAAAUAUGAAACAAACGUUUUUUUUUCUUCUUCUUCGUCUGCCGCCUCUUCCCUCGUUUCGAUCCCUUUUUCGCGAACGGUCGUCGAUCGAAAUGAGUUGUUUAAAGAUUAUCGAGGGAAACGGAAGUCGCAAGAAAAGAAUCCUUUUUUCUUUUCGCGGUUCCACAAGAAGAUGUCCCAGGACGCUCAAGUCCUCGCGUCCCCGCCGGCUGUGUCUGUUUCAUGUUUUUCAAUAUUUGUAAUUUAUCGAUGAAAUUAUAAAAAGUAUCGAUACAUAACAGUCUAAAGUGUGCGCUACUCUACAUAAUAUUAUUAUAUAUAAAAAUAUAAAAGUAUACAUUAUAUAUUAUAUAUACAUAUAUAUUAUAUAUGAGAAGUAUAAUAUAUAUCUAUAUAUUAUACAAAACACAUUGGGAUUGGUGAGAAUAUACGGUUUUUUCGCUUUGGAGUGUUAUUUUCUGAAAAUAUUGAACAAAAUAUGGAAAAAAAAUUAAAAAAUAAAAUCAAUGAAUACAAAAAAAAAAAAAAAUACGAGGGAACUGUUUUUUUUAUUUUCAUUGAUGCUUCCCGAAGGCGCCUCCUCAGAUUCCGUUGCUCCGUUUCGACAAAAGAAACUGUCAAUCCUUCAAACGUGUCCUGUGAUAUCGUCUCGAAGGAUUCGUCCGGUAAAAAAUAUCCAAGAAUGUCGAAUUUACCGCAUGAUUCAACGAUCACCAUCGAGAAUAGAAGCUAUCGAUCGUACGAAACUCGAAACGAGCUAACCGAACCGGGUCCCGUCGAUGGAUCCAGCACUUCCGGUGAGUUGGCCAGAAAACUUUUGACAACCCUUCCAUGGAAAUUCAAGAGUUUACAGAGCGUGCCGAUCAUCGUCGACAGCGAGAAACCUGCGGAUCUCAUAGAAUUAUUGGGAAACAUUCUCGAGAUCACCGAUUAUGCGACGAACAUGGCAUCCUUUUGGUUUCUGAACAUGUUAGCCCUUCAGCUCCUCUAUCACCACAAGGAUCUCGACGAACAUCACUUGGGCGUGUUGAUCAGCUGGUUAAUUGGAGAAAUUACCUUGCUUCGAGAGAGGCACCAUUCUCGAGAAGAAUUUUUUAAAGAAAUGAGAGAGAUCUUUAUGGCGGCAGCUGAGGAAGUAUCAAAUCAGGACAGACUGUUGUACUGGGACGAAAUUAUGUACGAAAGUGACGCAGAAGAAGAAACCGAAGAAGAGGAGGAAUACACAAAAGAUUUGCAGAAAGAACAAUUCAACGAACCACGAAGAAAUGUGGGUAAGUCGGAACAGACGCUUAAAAGUCAAUUUUCAUCAUUGUUACAAGAAACUCCCAAACAUUCGAGUAACAUUGAUCCACUCUUCGCGCUGGAGAAAGUAAUCGAGUCUACAUACAACAUGUAUGCCAACGAGUUACGAUACAGCCUUGUGUACGCAGUUUUCGUUGAACCGAUAGAGGUGCAGACUUAUAAUCUACCAUUCGUUUUUCGGCCACCACGUCCGGUGAAGUUUACAGAUAAAACGAUGUCUUUUAAUAUGCAACUUCGUGAAAGUGUUAAAAAGAUUAAAGCAAUCGAAAAAGCUAGGAUGACUACAGGUAAAAGGAAAGGUAAAGCAAAUGAUAAGGUACCUGUAACUCCUCCACCGUCUUUAAGCGACGAGAAAAUAUUAACAACGAAGCGGUUAUUUAUUUUACCGCUGAUAGAUGCAAACGAAGCGUUGAAGGUCUUUGAACCACAGUGAAAUGACAAACGUUUUGGAAAACAUUCUCUUUAUUUUCAGCUUGUAACAUUUUACUUGUAAAAAA